UCUGUCUUUAUCUCAGAAUAAAGAUUAGUAACGAGUACUUCUUUUGUCUUGUGUUUUAUAAGAAAAUACAGCAAUAUAAAGUCACACCACAUUUUCUUCUUCACGUAGCGUCGACCUGAAAUAAUCAAGUUUUAAUAGCCAUAUUUUAAUAAUGAAUCCAGACAAAAGAACCUUGUGUGAUUAUGUUCCAUUAAAAGAAUGUCUCGCAAAGAACAAUAAUGAUAGGUCAAAGUGUCUUAAGGAAUGGAAUGAAUUUCAACAGGCAUGUCGACAAAGAAAGUAAAUGUUUUACAUAAACAUCUUUUAAUCAUUUAUUAAUACUACUCUGUUAGACAAGUAACCAAUGAUAAAAGUGAAUGUGAAGCCUGUAAACAAUAAUGGAUCCAAAUACAGAAUAUGCGACAAAGAAGAAGGGGAAAAGAAUAAAGCUGAUUAGACACUAAAUUAGCAUCUACCCUAAAGCCAGAUGAAUUCUUUGAUACUUCUUCUUUUGCUCAAAUACAGCUCUUUUUUACAUUGCUUCUGUGAUUCACCUCUUUACUUUUCCCCUGACUUUACUUAUUUUAGAUCAUUUUAUAUUAUAAACUAUGGAAUCCUAAGCCUUUUUUUGUUAAAUACAGC